UCAAGACUACAACAGUCCAGCCCCCGUACAUAAGACCAUUUCUUCUAUCCUCCUUAUUUUCCUUUUCUCUACUCUCUGCUAUUCCCCUUUACUGUUCUAUACUCUCUGCUAUUCCCCUUUUCUAUUUCUCUUUCUGCUUCCAUUCCGCUGCCAUGGCCGACUUGCUCGAAUCUAGCAGCAGUAGUGAGCCGCCAUAUCCAUAUGCUUAUCACUAUGUUAAUGAUAUUCUCAGUUUCGUCGAGUUCAGUGACAGUUCUUAUCAGGCUCCAUAUGCUUAUCAUUAUGAUUUUACCAAAAUCGGUCGCUAUUUAAUUGAAUUCGAAGAUGGGUCUAUAUUAUCAGCGAGUGUGCAUCCACCAUACGACCUGUCAAAACCUACCGAAGAAAACUACUUUGAAAAUCCUGUUCAAUUUACUUUCUCACCGGUGUAUUACUACAACUGGUACAAACGUGGAGGAGUUUGUUUCAAUUGGGACAUCGAUUUUCCUGAACUUGGAGCUGUUUUUAAUUGGGACGAGGAUUUUCCGGAACUUAAAGUUGGACGUGCCGAGGAAAACGCAGAAGAAAACAAUAAUGUGGUUCAAGUGUUUGAUGAAAGUCCUGAAAGAGCUUCUGAUACUUCUAAAGCAGAAACAAAGCCAAAAUCCACUGGAAAAGGAGAUAAGGAAGGAGUUGAAGUGUCAGAAGAACAGGGCUCUUUUGUUUCAUCUUCUAGUUCAGCCAGUCUGUGCAUGGAUCGACUUCGUGAAGAGCUUUCUUGUGCUAUUUGUUUGGAGAUUUGUUAUGAACCCAGUACCACUUCUUGUGGACACAGUUUCUGUGAGAAGUGUCUGAGAUCUGCUGCUGAUAUAUGCGGGACACGAUGCCCCAAGUGCAGGCAGCUUAUCAGCAACGGAAAUUCUUGCACUGUAAACACAGGCCUUUGGAAUACAAUUCAACUACUGUUUCCUAAAGAAGUAGAAGCAAGAAAAGCAGCAUGAGUUUUAGAUGGUGGAGAAGCUGAGCAUCAAAGUUCAGUAACAAUUGCUAGUUAUUCUAAUAUUUCAAGAAGCGGAACAGCAUAUAGCGCUCGAAGUCUACGAAGAAGGAAUUUUCUUUCUUUGAGAAGACAAAGUUCAGUAAGUUUCAGGACAAGGAGAGAGUUACCAAGCCAGGAUGACGAUGCUGCAUUGGCAUGGCGACUGCAGAGAGAGGAGCAUGUAGAACUUUAGGACAGAGAAAAUUUGAGGGUCAUGGCUCUUGAGGUUUCUAAAUUUUCUUAUACUUCAAAUGAAAUGAACCUUAGAGUCGUGUGACCAGUCCAGGAGAAUCCAAAGAAGUAGUGGAUUUCUUGUGAAACUUUUCCCCUUAAUUUUGACUCCUCAUCUCUGUUGCUUGCGGUUUUAGGUGGCGAUCCCUUCCUUCUGUCUUUUUAUUUGGGAUUUUGUGAAUGGAUAUUACUAGUAAAAAGAUAUUAUCAAAACUAAGCCUCUUCUUGCUUUAGUUUGAUCAACGCUUUCC